AUGUACUUGAAGAUUUUUGCCGUGCUUCUUUUCAUGGGCCUUGUUCAUGUUGCCCUUUCCCUACCCAAUACGGUUCCCAAGGCCCGUCAGCCGACUGUUACGCUGCGAAACGGGACGCUUCUUGGUCUCCAUAGCCCUACCUAUGAGCAAGACUAUUUCCUCGGCGUGCCUUAUGCAUCCCCUCCAGUGGGAGAAUUAAGGCUACGCAGGGCUACCCCUCCAGCUGCAUGGAACGAGACGCGGUUGGCCACCUCGUACGGACCCUGGUGUUAUGGCAAUAACCUCGGGCUUCUCGGGUACUCUCAGACUGUACCAAGAGUCGAAUAUAGUGAGGACUGUCUGCAACUGAACAUUAUACGGCCCUCAGGGACAGGAAAAGACGCCACCCUGCCUGUGCUUGUAUGGCUUCCGGGCGGGGGAUUCGCUGAGGGUAGUGCUAAUGAGCCCCGGUACAAUGGGUCGUUUAUUGUCCGCAACUCUGUUGAUAUGGGUACACCACUUAUAUUCGUCAGCUUAAACUACCGUCUAGGCGCCUUCGGUAUGUUGGCGGGCUCUGCAAUCGAACAAGAGGGCUUGGAAAACAUCGCACUUUAUGACCAGCGACAAGCUCUGGCCUGGAUUCGGGAGAACAUCCGUCAGUUUGGGGGCGACCCGCAACGUGUGACUAUCAUGGGCGAGUCUGCCGGCGCAUUUUCCGUCGGCUUCCAUCUUCUCGCGUAUGGUGGCCGGGACGACGGCCUCUUUAGCAGCGCUAUUGCGCAGAGUGGUGGUCCUUACCUUGAGGGCGCGGUGAAUCGCAACUCAACCAAACGCGAAGCCGAUUUCAACGCCGUUCUCGAAGCUGCGGGUUGUCAAGGCACGAAUGAUCCAUUGGAUUGCCUACGACAAGUUCCUGCGACAAAACUCAAUGCUGCAAGCGUGGGAUUGCCUGUAAGCUUGGUUAUUGAUGGUCAACUUAUUGCAAACUCAAGUCAAACUCAGCUCGAGCAAGGUCUGUUUAUUCGUGUCCCUCUGCUAAUCGGGGCCAACCGUAAUGAGUGUACUUCUUUUACACGCUUACUUGCCCCGUUUCCCAUCAACACCGAUGAGGAUUUUGCAAAUAUUGUCCAUAACACCUGGGCUGGGGGUGCUAUCCCUUCAGAUCUUGUGCAAGCCUGGUCUGGUUUAUAUGACAAUGAAGUCAAUCACCCUUCCAUCGCGGGCCUGGGUACUGUUUCACCAAACCCAGGCACCGCGUAUGGGGCCCAAUACGGCAAGACGUCACUUUGGCUCACAGAUAAGCAGUUCAUGGCUGGGCGCCGAUUCGCGGCUGAAGCCUGGGCUGCACAAGGAGUUCCAAGCUACAGUUACUUCUUUGAUACUGUCCCUGCCACCAUUAAUGCAACCGAGCUUGGCGCAGCGCACUUCCAGGAAAUCCCUUACGUCUUUGGCAACGAAGAUGGGGUUGGCUGGGAUGGCGACCCUUUUCCCGCUGAUCCGAACUUGCGCAACAAGCACAAACGGCUUGCGAGGAUUAUGAGCCGCAUGUGGAUUAGCUUUGCAGUUAAAAAGUCGCCCAACUUCCAUCGAGUGCAAGACUUGGGUACCAAGUGGCCAACGUACUCUCUAACUGAACCCGAGAACAUUGUCUUUAGUGCUGUAGAUGGCAUUCACGUACAACCCGACAAUUGGAGAUCAGAGGCCAUUGCUUUGGUGAAAACCCUUCCAAAUGAUGCAGCAUCCUGA